GUAUUAGAGUUUCUCAAAUCCAUGGUAAUGUAAAUAGAAGCCCCAAAAUUCACUCUACACACUAACAUAAAACUGGUUUGGGCUUGGAACAGAUCAUCUUUCCACCCGGCCCAACUCGUUGUAGCAGCGUCAUAGCGAUUAGAAGAAACCCUAACCCGACCCUCUCCUCUUGGCGCCGACUGAUAGGGUAGGAAGAGGGGAGUGGGUGUGUGUGGAAGCAGAAUGAAGUACAAUCCCCGAGUCUCGUCGUCUCGCCGGAAGAACCGAAAGGCGCACUUCACUGCGCCUUCGAGCGUGCGGCGCGUUCUUAUGAGUGCGCCGCUUUCGUCGGACCUGCGCAGCAAGUACAAUGUCCGAUCGAUGCCGGUGCGGAAGGAUGACGAGGUACAUGUGGUUCGCGGCACCUACAAGGGCCGCGAAGGCAAGGUCGUGCAGGUUUACCGUCGCAAGUGGGUGAUCCACAUCGAGCGCAUCACCAGGGAGAAGGUGAACGGCUCCACCGUCAACGUCGGCAUCAACCCUUCCAAGGUUCUCAUCACCAAGCUCCGCCUCGACAAGGACCGCAAGUCCCUCCUCGAUCGCAAGGCCAAAGGCCGCGCCACCGCCGACAAGGACAAGGGCGCUAAGUUCACCGCCGAAGAUAUCAUGCAGAGCGUCGAUUGAUACAUCUAUUGAUCUAUCUUUUCAUCGAUUCGUAAUCGGUCCUUUGAUUCAGGUUUAUGCUAGACGUUUAUUUUCUUCGAUUUGAAUAGCAUUUAGCUUGUUUGGUGGGUUGAGGAUCGACUGGACCGACAGGGGGAGACUGGAUUACAUUACAUGUUUAGAUUUUAUGUUAUUGCGGAUCUUGUGUAUUGGAUCUUAAAUUUUGGUCUUUUAAUUUCUGAAUGCGUUGCUCUUAAA